AUGUUUGCGGGAGGGUACGCUGGUGGCCCCCGGGGGGCUCCUGGCAGGCGCAAGUCCAGUUACUGUCCUCCUGAAAACCUGCAGAUCCCCAAACCAGCAGCGCCAGGCAGCGGUGUUCGGAAGAGCAGCAGCAGUGGCAGUGGCAAGAUGCUGUCUAUGUCAUACAGCGAGAGUAUCCGGAGCGGGAUCAACCGCUACCACUCAGACCAGGGGCUGAAUCAGCCACCGGCCAGGCCCACUGACCAGGCUGAGCUACAGAGACUCCGGGAACAGAGAGUCGCCGCUCAGGUUAAGAACAUGGAAGACUUCCUGAAGAUGAAUGGGCUGGCCCUGGAGGAGUGUGUGUCCUAUCAGACAGGCAUGAAGUACAGAAACCUUGGGAAGUCCGGCCUGCGGGUGUCCUGCCUUGGCUUAGGAACAUGGGUGACGUUCGGUGGACAGAUAACGGAUGAGAUGGCAGAGCAGCUGAUGACUCUGGCUUAUGAAAAUGGCAUCAAUCUGUUUGACACAGCGGAGGUCUACGCUGCUGGGAAGGCAGAGGUGGUGCUUGGAAACAUCAUAAAGAAGAAAGGAUGGAGACGUUCAAGUCUGGUGAUAACAACAAAGCUGUUCUGGGGGGGAAAAGCAGAGACUGAAAGAGGUUUAUCCCGAAAACACAUUAUAGAGGGUUUAAAAGCCUCCCUAGAAAGACUGCAGUUAGACUAUGUGGAUGUGGUUUUUGCGAACAGACCAGACCCUAAUACACCUAUGGAAGAAACGGUUCGAGCAAUGACCCACGUGAUAAAUCAAGGCAUGGCCAUGUACUGGGGAACAUCCCGCUGGAGCCCAAUGGAGAUAAUGGAAGCGUAUUCUGUGGCGCGGCAGUUCAACCAGAUCCCUCCCAUCUGUGAGCAGGCUGAGUACCACAUGUUCCAAAGAGAGAAGGUGGAGGUGCAGCUACCUGAGCUCUUCCAUAAGAUAGGUGUGGGGGCCAUGACAUGGUCACCACUGGCCUGUGGGAUCAUCUCAGGGAAAUACGACGGCAGGGUGCCUCCCUUCUCUCGGGCCUCUCUGAAGGGUUACCAGUGGUUGAAGGACAAGAUCUUGAGCGAGGAGGGCCGGCGUCAGCAGGCGAAGUUGAAAGAGCUGCAGGCAAUCGCGGAGCGGCUGGGCUGCACUCUGCCCCAACUCGCCAUCGCGUGGUGCCUACGGAACGAGGGGGUGAGCUCUGUCCUUUUAGGGGCGUCCAACACUGACCAGCUGAUGGAGAACAUAGGAGCGAUACAGGUUCUUCCAAAGUUGUCGUCCUCCAUCACACACGAGGUGGACAGCAUCCUGGGGAACAAGCCGUACAGUAAAAAGGACUACCGCUCCUAACGCGCAGCACGGCCCCGCCCGGCAGGGCUGCACCCGGGCUGCAUCCGCAGCGCCCCACCUUUGCCUGAUCCUCUGUUUGCUUGAGCUUUUACUGAGUGAGACCCUGGCGCAUGAGUCUGGCCACACCAAGGCCACCCAGGGCACCUCAUUUAGAGUUACAGGGAUAAGAUAAGAAAAGGGGGAAAAAAUACAGUCACCUCCACAGGAAAGAAAGGGAUUGACAAAGAAAGACAAAAGUGGUAGAGGGAUAUGCGCUCAUACUUAAAUCAGUUAUACAUUCAAUUCAGCUGAACGUAUUUUAAAAUCGUAGAGAAAAAUACCUUUUUAAAAAAAAAAAAAAAGCACACGCUUGCUUGGCAGCCAGAAUUCUUUUUCUUUUUUCUUUUUUAUUUUAUGUUGCUUUUUUUUCUAAAACUGAAUGCAACUAAAAGGAAGAUGAAGUUCAUACUGUAUGAAAAUACGAGUACUACUGUUGCACAUGUACCAUAGCCAUGCAUUUGUUCCUUGGACGUUCUGUUUACAAACACCUGUGUACUGUAUGAGUCCGUCAAAGUUUCUCUGAAACAAAAACAAUUUGUUUGUCGACAUUAUCAGUGUACGAGCCUUCUCGCGGGCUUUAACAAUCAGCACUUUAGUAUUGUCAGUAUAGGUGUUCAAAGGUAGUUUUAAGGAGGGGAGAGGAUGGGUAUUACAAUAGUCUUAUCUCACAGUCAUUGCACUAUUAGACUCACAUCGCCUCCUGAAUAAUUCCCUCUCCUCAUCCUCCCUCCGUGUCUUCACUGGCAGUGCAUUUGUCCAUCCUGAUGCCCUGACAUUCCAGCUGUCUAAGUGUGGUGGUGAAGUCCUAAACUGAACAGGGCUGAGAGGACGAGGCGAGACAACUGUCCUCUGCCUGAGAAGCUCCUCCUCCGCCCUGACCAGUCAACAGUCUGCGACGACGUGUCAGGAGCGUAGGCUGAUGUGUCCGGGCAACUGCCACUGAAGAGAUUAGCUAUUUAUUCAUCCCUAACAGUAGGAACUGCAGUCGUGUUAAAUCAAAUGCAGUGUCCUGCUUCACUGUGCUACCCAGCCUCUGUUAUGUUUUUCAGGCUGAGGAUUAACGGGAAGUGGUCAUAUCAGUGCUGGUUCAACAUCUCAUGGAAACUUCUCCUUGAUCAAAUUUUGUUCAAGUAUUUUGCCUUAUUUACAGUUGCAUCAGACUGUGCUGUGGGCUUUGGCGUAGAUGAGCAGCUCGACAGCUGUCCCUUUGGCCAUCUGGUCUCAUGUCCCCAGUAUAUAUUGCUGACUGGUGGAAGUGGAAUGGAAGUCGAGUUUGUCACAAGGAAGAGGUGGUGUUUCCAGUUAAUCAGUGAGUGGCAGCAGCUCAGGGAACGGAGCAGGUGGUUUUAGUCGUGUGUUGGCGUGCACAUGGUCAGGAGGUUGUAUUUACUCGUCUGUCUUUCUUUUAUGUGUGAACACUGGGGAGGACCGGUGACAUUUUAGCGUGGCUUGAGCCAAAGAUCUUCUUCUUCUUCUCUCUUUGACAACACAUCUGAGUGUUUCACUCUCACUUCCUGCAAAAUUAUAGAACUCAUCUUGACGCAUGUGCUGUCCGGCUUAUCUAUCUAUGGUAUGGACUUUACUCCAUAUACUGUAUAUCUUUACUUGACCAUGCUGUUAUAAUAGUUAACAAAUGUCCUUCAUAUACAGAAUGCAUAGUACAGCUAAAUGCUUUAGGAUCAUAAGGUUCGUUUCAGGCGUCAUACGACUUGAGAUGAGUUAGAAGUAUUAUUGCAGAUUUGCAAUUUGAUGCCACCCUAUAUCAUUCUUUCUCCUUUGGGUGCUCUCUUACUGUGAUUACAGCACAAGUGGAUAGCAUGUGAAACAUUCUCAAAGCAUGGACUCUCUUCGCCCAGCCUACAGUACCUAUGGGACAAGCAAGGUCACAUUACUCCCCUUACUAACACACAUAGAUAACAAAUCUUUACUAACAGCUGAAACUACUGAUUCUUAGCAGAAAAAAACAGAUGAAGAAAACUGUCAUAUUGGUGCGAAUGAUGAUAUGAAUGAGAUGUAGGUGCUUCUCGGUUUUUAAGUGGAGAGGAUAAUUAAAGUGAGCAUCACUGUGGGAUUUGUGCAGAUGAGGUUUACAGUCUGCUCCUCUGUGAUUUUUUUUGAACAGCAAAGUGACUUAACGUCUCUGCUGUUUAUCCUGUUUGUGUGUGUGUAUGUGGGGGGGGCAACUAAACUAAUCCCUUGCUUUAGCCUGUUGUAUUAGUUGAUCCCUGCAUACGUUUGAUUUGCUGUGUCUUGUAUGUCUGAGUGAAUUAAACUGGUGCAAGCCAGUGCUGUUUUCUCAGAAGAAAAAAAAAAAAAAGAUAAGCAAAGAACAUUUUGUUCAUUAGUCUGUGGAGUUCCUGUGUCUUAAGAUUUUCAUCUGCAGGGAGUGGAGAGGAAGUUUGAGACUUAACGGCAAAGUUUUGGACAUCUUGGGAAAUAUGCUUAUUUGCUUUCUUGCCAAGUUAGAUGAGACUACUGAUACCACUCUCAUGGCCAGCAGUCGACUAACGUAGCUUAGCAUAAAGGCUGGAAACAGCUAGCCCUGCUCUGUCUAAAGGUAAGAGGUUCACCUUGUCCUUGGCUUGCUAGCAUUACCACUAGCAAGCUAAUCUACAAGCAUGCUAGCUGGUACUAGGGGUGAGUAAAGCGAUACGACAGAAUUUCAAAUUAAUGUGAUGAAUCCAUUAUAUUUGGAAUUGAUCCCAUCAACACUAGUAUCUAUACUCAAAACAAGAUCUUGUGUAGGUAGUAUCAGUACAAGGAGGAUGAAUGAUGAUCCAACCACCCCUAGCUGGUAUUAUGGUAUUCAUCUAACUCUCAGCAAGAAAGCAACUAAGCACAAUUCCCAAAAUGUAGAACUUCUCCUUUAAAUAAUAUCGCUGUGCAUUUCGUUCGACCAUCAGUGUUAUUUCACACUGUACUGACCUGCCCAGCAGACAUCUUGUGCUGUUUACAGGUUAACACACAAUGUAGAAAUAACUUACUGUUUAAAGGCUGGAGCGUAGCUAGAAAAAAAAAUCAUGCUUUAAGUGGUCCCAGUUUCAUCAUAUUUGCUGUUCUAACAUAUUGAUGACUAGUACAGAAAUGAAACCAGACCCACAGAUGGAUAGAGCUUAUUUUACAGAAGGUUCUAGGUUAUACAGAGAAUAUAUUUUUUAUGUUUUAGCCUUUAAUGCAGUAGAGAGAAUUAAAAGGACUGCUUUUAUUUUUUUCAUCAUGCUGCAUUUUUCCUAUCUGUAUUGUAUCAAAUUUAAGACUGACAAAAAGAAGCAAUUUCUUUGUGUUGUGUAUGCAUUAUGAGGAAUGCUCUGAAGUGAAUGCAACGGUGGACUGAAUUCACUCUAAAGACGACAUAGUGAGCGCCUGGUAUCUUCUGUACAUAGUUUGACCUUUGUAUAUAUUUCUGGUUGUGAUCACCUCUGCCUUUUCUCUUUUCUUUUUUUUUUUAUUUUUUUUGCAGGCGUUGCUAUCUGCACUGUGCUUGAAUCUGAAAUUUAGACAGGAUGUACAGCUUCGAUCUUCAA